AUGUUCACGUUGUAUUAUUUAUUUGUCCUACUACACUUUUCUCUAUUUAACUGUGCGUUGAAUAAUGCAACAGAUGUGAAGUUAGGACGUCUCAUUUACGUGCAAGCUGUCUGGCGACAUGGUGAUCGUGCGCCACAUCGCUUACGUUAUCCGAAUGACCUGAACAAUGAGCGUUCUUGGCCAAGAGGAUGGUCUCAGCUAACUAAUAUGGGAAUGAAACAAUUAUAUGAGUUGGGUCUUUUCUUCCGAAAACGCUAUAAUGGAUAUAUUGAAGAAUUUAAUCCGAAUGAUAUACGAAUCCUAACAUCACAAUCGGAUCGAGCGAUCGUUAGCGCUCAAGCUUUAUUACGUGGACUCUUUCCGGUUAACAAUACUGCUAUGCAGUGGUUAAAAGAUGAGGAAUGGCAACCAAUUCCCUUCCAUAGCGAAAGCAGCGAACGGAAUGGAGCUCUUCUUCAUUCGACCCUUCACCCUUGCCCACGUUAUGAUCAACUUGUAAAGAAUGAAAUGGCUGUGAUUGCUGAUACGAUGAUGCAGAAAUAUGCUAAUGUUGUUCAUUUUCUUGCAAAUGUGACUGGAAUUGGUAAAAAAUUAAAGUUUGACCAAAUGGCUGCACUGUUUGAUAUUCAACGAGAGAUAAUUCAUCAACUUCCACAACCAGAAUGGGUUUACCAAAAGUGGCCACAGUUCCAAGAUAUGCGCACUAUUGAUAUCAUCACAGAAUUUAAGCGUAUCAGUCAAAUUUCGAAAUAUAAUACGUCUGAAAAAGCUCGAUUUAAAGGUGGCUUGCUGCUCGGUGAUAUUCUGCAUCGAUUUCAGAAUGUUUCUGCUGGCACUGCAGUAGAAGCGCGUAAAAUGUUUCUCUAUUCUGCGCAUGAUGUGACAAUAUUAUCACUGCAGCAUGCAUUGAAUGUAAGCAACAAUUUAUUAGUACCAUAUUCGGCAUGUCUAAUUAUGGAACUGUAUCAAACAGAAAUAAACGAAACAAUAAUAAAAAUUCUAUACAAGAACGAAACAGAAAAUGCAAAUAUUUAUGAACUAUUCAUACCACAUUGCUCGGUACCAUGCAAAUUAGAUCAACUGAUCACAUUAACUGCCCCAAUCAUUCUGAAUACGGUGGAUGAUCUGAAUAAG